UCCCAAUGUCAUAUUGAGUGGCUGGUGCUUCUUCGACAUUUAGAUAGAUAGCUCAUUUCACGAUGAGAGAUAUAAAAUCGGGUUAGAACAAAAGCUAGCUUCAAAGUGGUCUUUCUGGCUGCUUGGUUUAUGUAAGAAUAGAGUGCGGCUAGAAGCGGAGAUUCUUCAUCCUUUUUCUCUCCUUGACCUUGACAAUCCAACAAGCUUUUAGUUGGCCUGCGUGAAGGUUGUUUUGUUUUGGUACAGCCAGAUCCGCUUUGAGUGCCGUGGGAUAGAGAGAGGUGUUUUUGAAGUUGAAGAAAAGAGUGAAAUAAUUUUCUCUAGAUAUUCUAUGAUCAUUUGAAGCCUCUCAUGUGAAAAUAAUUUUCCAACUGGCUUCGUAUCCAGGAAUAUUUUCUUGGUGUAAUAGCACGAAUUUUUCAUGUUCAUUUGCUCCUAACACCAGUUAGCGGAAGUGUCUUCUUCUUCUCUUCUACAAGCUGGUGAGUUAAAUCUACAUACUUAACAAAACCUUCAAUACACUGUCAUUAAUACUUUUCACCGAUUACGAUGUGUGGUUAUGUGUUUAGAAGGCUAGUAUGUGCACAAGUUUUACCAGAUAUUUAUAGGUGUGUCAUGCAAAAUUUAGGCACUAAUCAUGUGGUUUUGUGUUUGAGUUUGUUGCCCACUAGCAUUAGAUUAUUCUCCACCAAAAUCGAACAAGUUAGAGAGGAUUACUUAUUUGCCGUGUCAUACCUCAUAAAUUCAUGUGGGUUGUCCCCAGAAAUAGCAAAAUCUGUCUCCAAAAGAAUCAAGCUUCAAUCUACUCAACAACCAGAUUCGAUCUUGAAAGUUCUAAGAAACCGUGGAUUUACGACUGCCCAUAUAACCAAACUUGUUAGAAUGCGCCCUGGUAUACUUUUAGCCAAUCCUGAGAGGUCAAUUUUGCCAAAAUUUGAGUUUUUCAACUCUUUGGGGAUCACAGAUGCUGAGCUUGCAGGUGUUUGCUCUUCAACUCUAGCUAUUUUGGGUCACAGUUUAAAGAACCUACUCAUUCCUAACGUCAAAUUCCUCAAAAGUGUGCUCAUCUCUAAUGCUAAUGUUGUUAAAUCAUUUAGAAAAAAAUCAUGGCUCUUUCAGCAAGAUAUGGCAAAGACUGUGUCUCCAAAACUUGAGGUCCUAAGAGAACUUGGAAUGCCUGAGCAUUUCGUUGCAUUGAUUUUAACAUGUUAUGCCCCUAUAGUCCUCCAAAAACGUGAGAAGUUUGACAAAAAUGUCAAGAAGGUUAUUGAAAUGGGUUUUGAUCCUCAGAAAUGUAGGUUCAUCCAUGCAAUGCAGGUGUUUGUCUCAAUGAGACAAUCAACUUUGGAAUAGAAAUUUGACAUUUUCAGGGGGUGGGGGUGGUCUGAUGAGGACAUUAUGCUGGUUUUCGGAAAAUGCCCCAAUUGUAUGAAUGCCUCUGAAAGAAAAAUAAUGAGUGCAAUGGAUUUUCUUGUGAACAAGAUGGGUUGGCAGUCCACAUAUAUUACCUUGUUUCCAGACGUUUUCCUUAUGAAUCUGGAAAAGAGGAUAAUGCCAAGGUGUUUGGUUAUUAAAGUUCUGCAAUCGAAGGGGUUGGUGAAGAAAAAAUUGAGCCUAAGUCCAUGUGUAAAACCUGUUGAGAAGCUAUUCUUGGAUAAGUUUGUGACAAAAUACUUGGACCAGGUUCCUGAAUUGAUGAAUAUCUAUCAAAGGAAGGAAGGCUUUCAGGCUCUGGAUAUCUUCCAGCAAACUGUAGCAUGCCAACAUUCCAAACCUAAACGAUUGUAUAAUCUCUAAUUGGUCCCUGGAGUUCCUAACAAGCCCUUCCUUGCUAGCAAAUUACAGUGAAGCUUGGAGGUCAGAGAAAGAGAUGAAUCAGUGAUAUUGAUUGACUUGAACAGUAUUAUAGAUAUGAUGAUGUGAUAUUUUUGCCUGUACAUGUUCUUUGUUUGGUUGACGUGUGCUCCUGUAUAAUUGUAAUUGCAAUAUUUUAUCAAUCUCCAUUGCAUUAGAGGCUGAUUUCAGAUAUAUAGCGAUGAAGUAAAUUCCUUGUGGGAAAGAGGAUAUAUUUAUUGAUAGGUGGUAGUCUUGCUUAACUUGAACUAUAUUUUGGAAUGAAUUUGAUGUCCAGAUCAAGAUUUUCUAGAACUCCAAGAUUUGGUUCAUGUAUUCACCUUUUAAAUUUUAAUUGCAGCAAGGCAAAGAUGUUUUGAGAUAGUUGUAAGAUUUAA